AUGGCUGAGGCAAAUUCAUACCACUAUAAACGGAGCAAUGCGAGGCUCAUACGGUAUUGCCUGGUCCCUGCGACGUUGGCGGUCAUCUAUGGCAUGGGUGUCGCGCAGACUUCAGGGUUCUUGGCCAUGCCCGAAUAUAACCAGGACUUUGGCGAAUAUAACCCGGCAACAGGAAUCAGGGCGCUCACCGCGCCUCAAAUCUCUGGUCUCACAGGCACGACGCUGGGGGCGGCUUGCGUUUCUGCCAUUUUCGCCGGGACUGUAGGCACCCGCUAUGGCCGCAAAAUCGGCCUUAUAUUGGCGGCCAUAUUGUAUGUUAUCGGCCUCAUACUCAACUGUGCGGCGAGAAGUUACGCCGUUGUCAUCGUGGGCAAAGUCGUCCUUGGGUUGGCAGUCGGACUGGCUGCGAACUUUGUAAUCGCGUACUGGGCGGAAACGUCGCCUGUCAAAAUGCGAGGCCUGAUCACCGUUUUAUAUCAGGCCAUCAUAAAUCUUGCCCAAUUUGUUGGUGCUUGUAUCGUUAAAGGCACGAAUGAUUUGACGACGAGCUGGGCAUGGAGAGGCUCUUUGAUGACGGAGUUUAUUCCUCCGCUCAUCCUUCUCAUCUUCAUUUAUUGGAUUCCCGAGACACCCAGAUGGUAUGCUUCACACGGCCAGAAGGAAAAAGCCCGCGAGUCAAUGCGUCAAGCGAGAGGCCCGACCUGGCCCGCGGAAGAGGUCGACGCCGAAGUCGAUGAUAUUGUUGGCAUGAUAGAGAUCGAGAGACAGCUUGAAGGCUCCUCCAGCUGGAUCCACUGCUUCCAAGGGACCGAGUUGCGGAGGACUCUGCUGUCCAUAGCUGCUCUUCUGAGUCAAGAGUUCUCGGGUGUGGCCUUUAUCGCAGGAUACGGAACGUUAUUCUUCUCUCUCUCAGGUGUAUCCGAUCCGUUUACCACAAAUGUUAUUUCCUCCAUGUGUGGUAUUGCCGGCUCCUUGACCUCUUUCGUGCUGAUCAAGUACGUGGGACGCCGAAAGAUCCUCCUUGUGGGAACAGUCGUACAGACUAUCUGCAUGUUCGCCUUUGCCAUCAUUGGGGUUGCCACCCCUGGCACUAAUGCAGCUGCCAGGUCCUUGGUCGCCUUUGUGUGCAUCUUCGCCUUCUCCUACGGCGCAUCCUGGGGCCCUGUGGCGUUUGUACUCAUUGGAGAACUGCCUUCGACCAAGUUGAGGUCCAAGACCUUGGCCUUGGCUACUUCCGUCGGUUGGAGCUUCAACGUGCUCAUCUCGGUCGGCAUGCCUUACCUGCUGAGUGAUGCAUACGUGAUGCUGGGAACCAAGGUUGGAUUCAUCUUUGGCGGAACAGAGCUACUGGCCUUCGUCUUUGUUCUCUUCUUCCUCCCAGAAACGAAAGAUCGGACUCUUGAGGAAAUUGACGAGAUGUUCAUGAAUAAAGUACCGGCUUCGGGUUUCAAAACAUAUGUCACGACAAAGACUGUGCAAGGCAUUUCGGUACAGAGUGAAGUGGAAAGUGUCGUUGGAGAGGACAAAGCUACCGUCUCUAACUUUGAGCGAGUGGCUUAG